UAUUUUCGAUAGAACCGGAAACAUGGUGUAUGUCAAGAAAUAACAUGGCGGCGCCCGUAUGAAUAAAUACCUUAACGUUAUAGCUGACAUUAAUCAAGCUAAAUAUUGGACAAUAUUCAUUAACGCUAAAGGUAAGCGUGUCACACGAAUAAAUCUUAAUUCUAGAGGGGCCCCUCGUGUAAUUUGUUGAGCUUGUCUUGACGAAUAAACUAGCCAUAUUGGAGUCGAGCAUUGCUAGCUAAUUUUGACACACUGGUGGCAUUGGUAGAUGCCCGCCCGAUGACAGAAGAUGUGGAACACUGUCAAGGCAAAAGUAAUGGGUCUGAAAAUACUCCAUGGCUUUUGCAAUUAUUGCACCCAGAGGCAUGCAUCUGUUGGCGUGUGGGUCAACAGAACCCCGGAAAAACAUAGACGUUGUGGACAAGUCCCUGGCAAAACCCGCCUAUUUGCCACUAGGAACUACUUAUCAACAGAACCACCUUGGAGGGUCCUUUUUUUUGGGACAGAUGAUUUUGCUGUAGAAUCACUCAAGCUGCUCUCUGCGUCUAGGGACUCCAAUGACCGAGUUGUGGAAUCACUUGAGGUUGUCAUACUAUCCAAUGAUGUCCCUGUGAAGAAGUUUGCUGAUCAAAGCAAACUGCCCGUUCAUAUCUGGCCUCUCGGGGAUCUUCAAGGGCGGUUCGAUGUCGGGGUGGUGGUGUCGUUUGGCUGCUUGCUUCGGGAAGGACUUAUCAACCAGUUUCCAUGUGGGAUCCUGAAUGUCCACCCCAGCCUUCUCCCCAGAUGGCGCGGCCCCGCCCCAGUGUUCCACACCAUCCUACACGGAGACACUAUCACCGGGGUCAGCGUCAUGCAGAUACGACCAAAGAGGUAGUCUAAUGUGACCCAGAGCUACUUUGUGUCCCCUUUCCUCUCUCCCUUUCCUCAUGGUGCUGAGGGAGGAAGGGUAAGUCAUGAAAGGGACCAGUCAUCUGCCAGUAACAUGGACCUACUAUUGACAAGCAAAAGUGAGGGAUGACAUUAGCAGAUGGUUGUUUGUUCAAGUGCAUAUUUAGGGAUGGUUUCCUAACCUAAUCCUGGACUGAAAAGCCCUUUUAAUGGUGAUCUUCCCCAUUGAGCAUGUGUUAUAGUCCUGUACAGGACAACUUUAUCUGGGUCCAGGAAACUGGACCAUAGUCUCCAGAGGCCACCAGAUUGCAAUAGGCCUAUAUAUAAUAGUGUUCUCUACUACUGUAUUCACUGUCAAAGCGCAUACUGCUUUUCCUCAAGUCAAAGAUCAUUAAACCUUUGCACCUCA